CACUCCUCUCUUCCUUCGUAGCCAGCAGCUACUCAACUCUACUCGUUUCUCGCCCGGUAAUCCUCACACGCGUCGUGAUUCGAGGCCUGGAAACCGAGUUGGACGCGUCACCGUCUGCUAGAGCGUUUGACCCCGGGACACACAUAUCCCCUGCUGGCCCGUAUAAAGCCGCCACUCCCUUGCCCUACUCUUCCACUCACUAUCACUUCCGCAAGCAACUUCUCUCCUUCCCUCUCUCUCUGCCUUUGCCGCCAAGCUACCUGCUUGUUACUAGUGUUCCAGAACAAACUCGGUCGGGAUAGAUUAUCCACCGGCAGAUCGAUCAUCCGAUGGCGGUGGACGCGGUUCUUGACGCGGCGGUCACGCCGGAGGUGGUGCCGGUGGCCGCGGCUGCCACGACGACGAGCGGCAGCGGCGAGGAGGAGGAGGAGGUGGAGUACGAGGAGGCGAAAGCGGUGAAGGAGGAGCAGCAGCAGCGCGCCGAAGGGUGGGGGAAGCGGAAGCGCUCCAGGCGCCGCCGCGAGCAGCAGCUGCCCCGGGAGCCCACGGAGGAGGAGUACCUGGCGCUCUGCCUCGUCAUGCUGGCGCGCGGCCGCCGCGACGUCGCGGCGCCCGCGCCACCGCCGCACGCGUGCUCCGUCUGCGGCAAGGCGUUCCCGUCCUACCAGGCGCUCGGCGGCCACAAGGCCAGCCACCGCACCAAGCCGCCGCCUCCGGUGGUGGUGACUGCUUCGACGCCGGCAUCAGGUGCCGGCGCGGAGCAGCAGCCGCGGCAGCACGCGGUGCCCGCGCCGUCGUCGUCGUCCGCGGGCUCCGCCGGCGCUGGCGAGGGAAAGCCGGCGCACGAGUGCAACGUGUGCGGGAAGGCGUUCCCGACGGGGCAGGCGCUGGGCGGCCACAAGCGCUGCCACUACGACGGCACCAUCGGCAGCGCCGCCGCGCCCGCGCGCGCUGGCAGCCGCGCCAGCGCCACGGCAGUGCCGGCGGCCAGCGGCGGCUUCGACCUCAACCUGCCGGCGUUGCCGGACAUCCCGGAGCGGUGCGGCGGGGCGGUGCCGGAGGAGGAGGAGGUGCUCAGCCCGCUCGCCUUCAAGAAGCCACGGUUCAUGAUCCCGGCUUAGUAAAUCAAGCUCGAUUAUUAUUUGGUGAUUAGUUAGCUAGCUCAGUUAAACUUUGUACCUAGUUUGGUUGCUGGUGGCAAUUGGUGAAUUGGUUUGUGUGUACAUACAUAGGCACUGUGCAUUAUACAUAGUCUACAUAGGUCUUUUAGAAUUAGGAUUAGAUUGUUAAGGAUCAAUUCUUUCAUUGGUUGAAUAAUUGGUGCAUAGUGUAUAGUGCAUAGCAUUUAUGUAUAUAUAUAAAUGUAAUAAAUCAAAGUAUGGGUGUAUA